AUGACUAUGUCUUCACCCCAGCCACCUGAUCAUUCUUUGCCUAGCCCCUUCGACGACAAAACAGCGGAAGAAACCUAUACUACGCAUGAUGCUGCGCCUCGUGCAACAUCUCCCGCUCACGCUGUCGAUCCUUUUGCUGCCGCUGAUCUUGCCCCAAAUCCGUCACGUACACACCUUUACCUUUCCGCGCUGUCCGACUACCCUGCGCCACCUCCCACCCAUUGUGAAGGAUCAUUCAAUGCUUGA